UUCCUUGUCCGAAGAAAAAAAAUCGAAACCUCUGAAACUCAGAGGAAAAAGAAAACCUGAAAAAGCGAAGCCAAAUCCUCAAAGGACAAAUCUCAGUACAAGUCCCUACAAAGCUUAUGCAGAAGCCCAUGAAAAGACAGAGACUUACCCCAGUACCGCCGCCAUCGGUUCAUCGUCUGUCUCCUGAAUACGAAAUCUCCAUCAUGGUCGCCGCCUUAAAAAACGUCGUCGCUGGUUAUACGCCCACCUCCACCUCCGCAGUCUCUGUCUCCGCCGUUGAUAUUCCUUCCGAUUUCGUUUCCCUGGUGACUUCCACUGUUAGUACUGCUGGGAUCAGCCGUGAUUUUGACGACGCGUUGUUUCAAGCGAAUGAAGUUACGGAUAAGUGCCACGUGUGCAGAUUUGACGGCUGUUUGGGGUGCAAUCUUUUCCCGCCAAGUCAUCAAGAAGACCAAAUGGUAACCACAACGGCGACGACGAUGUUUAGUAAACCAAAACGAGUGAAAAAAAACUACAGGGGAGUUAGGCAACGGCCGUGGGGGAAAUGGGCGGCGGAGAUUCGAGAUCCGAGACGCGCCGCCAGGGUCUGGCUCGGAACCUUCAACACGGCGAAGGAAGCGGCUCGAGCUUACGAUAAAGCAGCCAUCGAUUUCCGUGGACCAAGAGCGAAACUUAACUUCCCGUUCCCCGAUAGUACCCACAGCGACGGCUACGUAACAACAUCAGCAGCAGCAGCACCAACAACGACAACAACAACAAGUGUGGUUGUCUUCGAUCAAGAAAAUUCCGGGGCGUUCAAUUUGAACAUAGGAAAGGAGUCGGAAAUGAGAAUAGGGAGUGAAUUUUGGGAUGGAAUGGGCGAAGAUGAGAUUCAAGAAUGGAUGAAGAUGAUGACGACAGAUUUUGACUGGGACAAUACUAAUAAAAAAUAUUUCUCGGAUUCUGCUAUGACCAUGGGAAAUGCUAGUAGUUUUUGAUCAGUUGCGAUUCUUUUUUCUUCAUUUUUUUGUUCCAGUAAAGAACUGGAAGCUAAAACUGUACUCCUUUUCAUAAGCUCUUUCACGUUGUAUUAGUUACAAGAAAGGGUUCUCCCAUUAGUGGGGUAAACGAAGAAUCAAUUUUUUAUUUUUACCAAUAAAUUCAUAGAAUUCAGAAUUUAAAGAA